UGCAUUGUUUCCAAUAAACCUUUCAGGAUUUUGUGUCAAAAAAAAAAAAAAAAAAAACCUUUCAGGAUUUCAUUUUCUCUCUCCAAAAAAAGUUUCCCUUCCUCUAAAAAGCUCUCACCCGAAACCCAAAAAUCCUCCUCCACCGUCUGCAUUUCGCCGCCCAGCUCCACCGUUCGGUGCCGUCGCCGCCCCUCUCCACCACUCAUUCUAUCGCCGGCGACUGCGAUUCCUCCAUAGCCAUCUCCAUUGUUGGUAUUUCUCUCUCCAAAAACGGUUCCCUCCCUCUCAAAAACUCUCACCCGAAACCCAUUUUUCCUCCACCGUCGUCUGUAUUUCUCCGCCCAACUCCACCGAUCAUUUCCGUCGCCGCUCGUCUCCACCACUCAGUCUUGUAGUCAUCUCCAUAGCUGACUGUUUUCCUCCUCAAAAACCCGAAACCAUUUCCAUCGCUGAGCCUUCCCUAUCUAAAAUGGCUAUUCUUAGGAGCACCGGUGAGCAAGCCCCCGAGAAGACAAUGAACGGUGGCUCCGAAGGAUCUUCCGAAUGAAACCCACCAUCACUGCCUAGCAUGAGGAAUAAGAGAUCCCGUCCGAGGAAGAAUAACCACGAUCCUCCUGAGAUUUCACAUUGUUCAACCAAGAGGAAGAAGAUUGAGGAAAAGUUGGAGGUGUGCUCGGAGUCCGAUUCAGACGAAGAAGGCCCAUUCGACACUCCAUUGUUAAAGAUUGUGUAUACAUUUGAUCUUAUAAGAGCAAUCAUGGAGAAUCUAUCAAAAUAACAGCUUGCUAUGUUGAGGGAAUCAGCUGUUGGACACCUUAUCGACAUCAAUCCUUUCGUAUAUCAGUCACAACUCCUACACCAUGUGUUUGUGAAAGAGUUUAAACAACCAAGCCUUGAUGAGAUUUGGUUUUGUGUUGGUGAGAAGAGGAUUAGGUUCAGUAUGGCUGAGUUUGGUCUUAUAACUGGAUUGAAGUGCGUUGGAGAUUCUGAUUUCUCAAGUUUUGCUCAAGUUGAAAAUGGGAUGUGUGACAGAUACUUCCCUGACCAAACUGUAAAGUAUGGAGAUAUCAAGGAUAGGUGUACAGUCAAGUAUAAAAACGAUGUUCUGGUUGUGAAGUUUGCUAAAUUGCAUCUAAUUGUCAACUUUUUGCUUUCAAAGGAUAAAGACAAACCUGUUGAUACAGAACUUAUCAAUCUGAUUUGUUCUGAUGAGUGUGAUGAUUUCUCAUGGGGCAAGUUGGCAUUUGAAACAACAUUCCCUUAUCUGAGGAAAGGUGCCAAGGGGAAGAACUUGAAGAACACUAUAUAUGCUAAGAAGUCCAAGGUUCUUAAAGGGAAGAAGCCGAGCUUCCUGUACAAGUUGGAGGGUUGUUCUUGGGUAUUCCAUGUCUGGAUAUAUGCAUGCAUCAAGAAAUUGAAGGAUAAAGACAUUUGUCAAUGCUUGCCAAAUUCACCAUUUCGCAUCUGUAGAUGGAAAAACUCGAGCCUACCAACUGGUUGUUCCUUGGAUAGGAGCAUAUUUGGGUCUUCUAAGUUUGUUGUGGAUAAUUGUAUACCCACAACUGCUGAGAUGAAGAAGUUUAAGCUGAGUCAUUUUCCUUUGUUUCCCGUGCUGCUUCAAUUGAAGAACAUGGUGAUGAUGCAAUCAAGAAUAAGGGUAAAUUACGAACAAAGGGAGGAGCCUCUAGCUCUAUGCAAGAAGAUGUGAGUGUUAGUGACAAUGACUUGAUGGAGCUCUUGGACAAGGUUAAUUUGGCUAUAGGGAAAGUAGAUUCCAUGUCUUUUGCCUUUGAUGAUCUUAAGGUGCUAGUAAAGGAGAAACUAGAUUUUAUGUCAUCUGUUUUUGACGAGCUUAAGCUCCAAGCAACCAAGCGGUUGGAAGAGGAUGAGGUAUCGCUUCAACAUCCUGUUUGGCAUAGCUUUUACUUUUACUUUUAGACAUAAGAAGAGAAGUAAAAGUUUGAGCUUUCUAAUUCAUGUUUGGAUUUAUAUUUUGAAAGAGCUUUUUUCUUUGUUGAA